UCCACACUUUCAUUCACUCUCUGCUCCCUGCAAGACACACACAUUCGUAAAAAGUACAGAAUUAAUCAUGACGACUUCUUGGGUGUGGAUUUCCAUCGUUCUUGCCGUCGCCUCCACGGCCUAUGCUCAGCGUCCCAUUACCGUGUGGUUGGAGUCGACCCGGAGAACCAACUGGGGGGACUGGGCGGAAGAGGCCAUCUGUCCAGAGGGGACAUUCGUGACGGGAUUUAGAACCAAAAACCAGCCUGAUCAAGGGAUAUUUGUCGACGAUACGGCGAUGAAUGCGGUCGAAUUAGUGUGCAAGGGUCCGGAAGGGCCCGCAACGUACAUCAAGUCAGGGGAAGCGCUGCAUGGAAAUUGGGGUACAUUUUACGAAUGUCUGGCGCCUGCGAGGGGGACCGGCUUCCAAAUGAGGGCAGAAGGGCCUACGUUGGAUAACACGGCGGCCAACAAUAUUGCUCUUUAUUGCGAUGGGAGCAGGAUGGAGGGGAACGGAAACACGUGGGGGGAUUGGACCGAACGACUCAAUUGUCCGACUGGAACACUCUUGUGCGGAUAUAAGGCUCAGAUUGCGGUUCAACUUCCGUCAGCCAUUGAUGACACUGGUCUGAAUAACCUGGACAUGGCUUGUUGUUUGGAGUCAUCUUGAGUGACAGGACAGGGCACCACUCAAGUACAUUUUUUAUUGUGUGUGAUCCAUUAAAAUGUAAACCGUUUAACGAAAUCAAAAAAUUGUUCACAACAAUAAACUUGUAAAUAAUUAGGA